UUUUAAUCUGCCAUGAUGAUUUUCAACCAGAGCAGUUACAACCCAGGAACCUUCAUUUUGGUGGGGAUCCCAGGUCUGGAGCAAUUCCACGUGUGGAUUGGGAUUCCUUUCUUCAUCAUCUACAUUGUGGCUGUGGUGGGAAACUGCAUCCUUCUCUACCUCAUCGCAGUGGAGCGGAGCCUUCACGAACCCAUGUUUUUUUUUCUCUCCAUGCUAGCCAUGACGGACCUCAUCUUAUCCACUGCUGGGGUUCCUAAAACACUUAGUAUCUUUUGGCUUGAGGAUCGAAAAAUCACAUUUGCAGGGUGCCUUACACAAAUGUUCUUCCUGCACUAUAGCUUUGUCUUAGAUUCAGCAAUCCUCAUGGCCAUGGCCUUUGAUCGCUAUGUGGCCAUCUGUUCUCCCUUGCGGUACACCACUAUCUUGACCCCCAAGACCAUCAUCAAGAUUGCCGUGGGUAUCUCUUUUCGAAGUUUCUGCAUCAUCCUGCCAGAUGUCUUCUUGCUCACACGCCUACCUUUCUGCAAGGCACGCAUCAUUCCUCACACAUACUGUGAACACAUAGGUGUGGCAAGGCUGGCUUGUGCGGAUAUCUCCAUCAACAUCUGGUAUGGCUUUUGUGUUCCUAUCAUGACAGUUAUCUCAGAUGUGGUUCUUAUUGCUGUCUCUUACACUCUCAUUCUCUGUGCUGUUUUCCGCCUACCUUCCCGAGAUGCCCGCCAAAAGGCCCUUGGCACUUGUGGUUCCCAUGUUUGUGUCAUCCUCAUGUUUUAUACACCUGCCUUUUUCUCCAUCCUUGCCCAUCGUUUUGGACACAAUGUCUCACGCACUUUCCACAUCAUGUUUGCCAACCUUUACAUUGUUAUUCCUCCUGCACUCAACCCCAUUGUCUAUGGAGUGAAGACAAAACAGAUUAGAGAUAAGGUCUUACUUUUGUUUUCUACAAAGGGCACAGAAUAA